AUGGCGCCGUUUGAAGCUCUCUAUGGUAGGAAGUGCCGAACGCCACUUUGUUGGUUUCAAGACAGAGAGAACGUCCUAACUGGACCCGAACUGAUCCAGCAGACGACCGAGAAAGUGAAGUUGAUCCAAGAGAGAUUGAAGACGUCCCUGAGCAGACAGAAGUCCUAUGCGGACAAGCGAAGAAGACCCUUGGAGUUCGCCUCAGGAGAUCAUGUUUUCCUUCGACUCAAUCCGAUCACGGGAGUAGGCCGAGUUGUUCGUCCAAAGAAGCUAUCCCCCAAAUUCAUCGGACCGUAUCAAAUUCUGAGGAAGAUCGGACCAGUGGCGUAUGAACUAGCCUUACCACCUCAAUUGUCGAACCUUCACCCAGUCUUCCACGUUUCUCAACUCCGGAAGUACAUUGCCAACCCUUCUCAUAUAUUAGAGUUGGAAAACGUUCAACUUUGCCAAGAUCGAACGCUGGAGUUGCAACCAGUUCGUGUGGAAGACAGCCGCAUCAAGUACUACAAAGGAAAAGACGUUCGUUUAGUGAAGAUGGUGUGGGACGCAAAGACUGGCGACUCAACGUGGGAAGUGGAAAACGCUAUGAAGGACUUGUACCCCCAUUUAUUUCCAGAUUUCAUUAAAAACCCACUUCCUCAACUCUACAACUCACGCCAAGUGUCACCAGGAAAGAAUGGAAGUCAGUAA